AAAACAAACCCAUCUAUUUCGCAUCAUAUUGCUACUCAUUCCAUACACACUACUUUAUUCUAUCCAUACCAGAAAUUUAAUCAAACCAGAGUUUUGAGGAACCAAAGAAAUAAACAAAACAAGCUCACAUCGAUCCGCCUUCUACAAUGGCUCCUACUACUCUCACAGCUCUAGCAGGGGAGAAGACCCUUCAGUCUAGCUUCGUUAGGGACGAAGAUGAGCGUCCUAAAGUUGCAUACAACCAAUUCAGCAACGAAAUUCCAAUCAUCUCGCUUGCUGGUAUCGAUGAAAUUCAUGGUAGGAGAGCUGAGAUUUGUAAGAAAAUCGUUGAGGCUUGUGAGGACUGGGGUGUUUUUCAGGUUGUUGACCAUGGUGUUGAUACCAAUCUCGUAUCAGACAUGACAAGGCUUGCCCGAGAGUUCUUUGCUUUGCCUCCUGAGGAAAAGCUUCGCUUUGACAUGUCCGGUGGCAAGAAGGGUGGCUUCAUCGUGUCCAGCCACCUACAAGGAGAAGCAGUGCAAGAUUGGCGUGAAAUUGUGACGUAUUUUUCAUACCCACUAAGGACCCGAGACUAUUCAAGGUGGCCAGACAAGCCAGAGGGGUGGAGAGCAGUGACAGAGCAAUACAGUGAGAAAUUAAUGGGAUUAGCAUGCAAGCUCUUGGAGGUCUUAUCUGAAGCCAUGGGUUUGGAGAAGGAGGCUUUGACUAAAGCAUGUGUGGACAUGGACCAAAAGGUUGUGGUUAAUUACUACCCAAAAUGUCCACAACCUGACCUCACACUCGGACUCAAGCGUCACACCGACCCUGGUACCAUCACUCUCUUGCUUCAGGAUCAGGUUGGUGGUCUCCAAGCUACUAGAGACGGUGGAAAAUCAUGGAUCACUGUUCAACCUGUUGAAGGAGCUUUUGUGGUCAACCUCGGAGAUCAUGGUCACUAUCUGAGUAAUGGGAGGUUCAAGAAUGCUGAUCACCAAGCAGUGGUGAACUCAAACAGCAGCCGAUUGUCCAUAGCCACUUUCCAGAACCCAGCACCAGAGGCAACAGUGUACCCUCUGAAGAUCAGAGAGGGAGAGAAGUCGGUGCUAGAGGAGCCCAUUAGUUUUGCAGAGAUGUACAGGAGGAAGAUGAAUAUGGACCUUGAGCUUGCCAGGCUAAAGAAACUGGCCAAGGAGCAUCAGUUGCAGGAUUUGGAGAAAGCCAAAUUAGAGGGCAAGCCCGUUGAGGAUAUCUUUGCUUAGACUAUUACUAUACCCCGUGUCUCUUUACUUUGCCUUUGGUUUGUUUAUUAGUCAAGCAAUCUUAAUUUGCUAGUCACACCCUGUAGUUUGUUAAAUUUGACGAUCCUUGUGUCUGAACCAAUGAGGCCUUUGCAGCCUUCGAUGUUUUCCUCCAUACCAAACCGAUAAAUAUAUGAAAAUAAGUGGUGCCACACUGCCACUUCCUCGUUUGAGUUAA